AUGGUCAAGGUCAGAACAGACCGAGGAGCGGAAUUCUGCUCCCGGAAGUCGGAGGCGUACUUCCGCCGUAAGGGGAUAGAACACUUCGUCACGGACAAUGACGUUAAAGCAGCGGUAGCGGAAAGGGUGAUAAAGACGAUAAGAAACGGUCUCUUCCGCUACAUGAACCAUAAGCAGACCCACCAAUACCUGGACGUUCUCCCCGAGAUCGUCAAGAGCUACAACCAGACUCCGCAUUCCGCGUUGCACGGGGUAGCGCCUGCAGACGUCACAGAGGAGAACGAAGCCGAGGUCAUGCUGAAACUCUACUAUCCCCAGACAAAGAAGAAGAAGACAACACGUGUUAAAAAAGAAGUAAAAAAACCAAAACUCCGAUCGGUAUUUAAGUUCAAGGUUGGCGACGCAGUGAGGAUUUCACACCUGAGGCAAGCUUUCACGAGAACAUUCCACGGGACCUUUACUGGGGAGAUAUUUACGAUAGCUGCUCGGUUUUACAAACAAAACAUUCCAAUCUAUAAACUAAAGGAUUACAAUGGACGGGAGAUUAGCGGGACGGUGUACGAGAGCGAGCUACAGAGAGUUAUUGACCCGGAAAGUUUACAAUACCGCAUAGAACGCGUCCUGAAGAAGAGGUUACGUAACAGGAAGAAACAGUUACUCGUUAAGUGGAUGGGUUGGCCGAGCGAUUAUAAUAGCUGGAUAGAUGCCGAUGCGGUGAGCUACAUACGAUAUGAUAUGAUAUGGAUUUUUACGUCGUCGCGUCAAGCGACGAUAGCUUGUCCCGUCAUCCGUCAAACAUGCCUUAUUGCUUCACCGCCGAGCUUAAAACUCCCGUGCGAUUUGAUGAAUACACAUGGUGUGCCGGUCUGUGCGAGAUCGACAUAG